UAUCACCUCCAAUAAGAAGAAUGGAAGAAAGCAGCACCAGUGGAGGAUUCAUGAGCAUGGAUACAUUCGUGCCAACCUGGGAGACAGAAACUACCCCAAUGAAUGGCAGUUUUCCAAACUGCUAUGAGAAGAAUCUUAUCCUGGCUUUCCUGACACUCAUCAUUGCCCUGAUCGGUGUGGCAGGAAAYGCAGUUGUGCUCUGGCUCUUAGGAUGCUGCAUGCACAGGAACGCCUUCUCCAUUUACAUUCUCAACCUGGCUGCAGCUGACUUUCUCUUCCUCUGCUUCCAGAUCAUAGACUCCCUGUGGAAAAUCAUUAACUUCUUCCAUUCCAACUCCAUCGAUGUUCCCACAUUCUUCAUGGUUGUGUCAAACUUUGCCUAUCUUGCAGGGUUAAGCAUGCUCAGUGCCAUGAGCACUGAGCGCUGCAUGUCUGUCCUGUGGCCCAUCUGGUACCGCUGUCACCGCUGGAGACACACACCAGCUGUCAUGUGUGCCUUAAUCUGGGUCCUGUCCCUGUCCUUGAGCAUCUUGGAAGGGAAGUACUGUAGCUUCCUGGGUACAGAGUAUAACAAUGAUUGGUGUCAAACAUUAGAUUUCAUCACUUCCGCCUGGCUGAUGGUUUUAUUUGUCACCCUCUCAGGGUCCAGCCUAACCCUGAUUGUCAAGAUCCUUUGUGGCUCACAGAGGGUGCCACUGACCAGGCUGUAUGUGACCAUUGGGCUCACGGUUCUGGUUUUCCUCUCCUUUGGCCUGCCUUUUGGGAUCUAUUGGUUCUUCUUAGUCUGGAUCCUGAGACAUGAUGCUAUUCCUUGUGGAUUAUAUUGGGUGACAAUUGUUCUGUCCUGUGUUAACAGCUGCGCCAACCCCAUAAUUUACUUCUUUGUUGGCUCCUUUAGGCAGCAGCGAUGGAAGCAGAGCACCCUCAAGCUGSUUCUACAGAGGGCCAUGCAGGACACCCCUGAUGAGGGUGACUCUGGAAAGGUGGGGUCUAGUGGGAGGUCUUUAGGUCACUGGGCGUAUACUCUGGAAAGACAUAGUGGGACCCCAGGCAAGCCGUUCCUCUCCCUGUCUUUUGCUUCUUGGUCAGGAGAGCUACUAGUUGAAAGUGACAUAAACCUGAAGCUGAUUGAAAUAGCUCUCAGCUUCUUUUUUCACUUGUUUAAGACAACCAGGGCUGCAGAGCUGGAAAAUCCCAUGACAGAUGCAUUCAAGCCUGAUGCCAACUGGGCACCCCUAAUGGAGAGCACAUCCUCCUUCCACUUGAUGCCUUCUGCCCAUUUGACAGGGAACCCKGGCUAUGAUACUGAGAGGCUGGCUAAGGACAAAGACUCUGGCACAGACCAGAUCAAAUUCAUAUUCCUGGAGUAUUUUUCUCAAUACUUCAACCUGGUUGUGGUUUUUGCCUUUAAAACCCCUGAAAUGCUCAGGCUCCAUGCUGUUCCUUGCAGAGACAGCUGCUCCAACACCAUCAUUUACUUCCUCACUGGCUCCUUUAGGCAGCAGCUUCUGCAGCAGCCGAGUCUCCAGCUGUUUGUCCAGGGGGCUUUGCAGGACUCUCCUGAGAAAGAUGAAUGUGGAGAUAGGCUUUCUCAGGAAGCCCUGGAGAUGUCAGGCAGCAGAGGAGAUGGUGAUGAAGAUCAGACAGAUUGGCUCUGA